AUGGCGGCAGCAACAAUCAAAUUUCUCUACCGUCUUGCUCUGGUACUCUCCGUGCUCCUUACCUCCGCCGCCGGCAUUGUGUCUAACACAACGCUCGUCAACAAUGGCGCCAACAUCACCGAUGGCGAGACGAUGGUAUCUGACGGUGGCUCAUUCACGCUGGGGUUCUUCGCCCCGACCGGGGCGCCAACCAAGAGAUACCUCGGAAUCUGGUUCACCGCGUCCCCGGAGGCUGUCUGCUGGGUGGCCAACCGUGAUAGACCACUCAACGACACCUCCGGCGUACUGGUGUUCGGCAGCGCUCGGGGCCUUCUCCUUCUCGACGGCUCUGGCCAGACCGCGUGGUCUUCCAACACGACGGCCACCUCUGCGCCUGCGGUGACCCAGCUGCUUGAGUCAGGCAACCUGGUCGUGGGCGAGCAGAGCAGCGGCAGCAUCCUCUGGCAAUCGUUCGACCAUCCGUCGAACACCUUGCUCCCCGGCAUGAGGCUCGGCAAGAACCCACAGACCGGAGACGAGUGGUCUCUCACGUCGUGGCGUGCGCCAAACGAUCCGAGUCCAGGGGACCAUCACCUGGUACUGGACACCCAGGCCCUGCCGGCGGCGAUCGUCUUGUGGCAAGGCAACGUCAAGACGUACACGACGGGCCCUUGGAACGGCCUGAGGUUCAGCGGCAUCCCGGAGAUAGCUUCGUACUCCGGGAUGUUAUCGGUCCAGGUUGUUGUCCGCCCCGACGAGGUGGCCUACAUCGUCACCACCAUGCCCGACGCGCCCUUCUCACGCCUCGUAGUGAACGACGACGGAACGGUGGAGCGUCUGGCGUGGGAGCCGGUCAGCCGGACCUGGAACGUCUGGAUGCGGUCGCCAAGGGACCUCUGCGACAGCUACGCCAAGUGCGGCGCGUUCGGCCUGUGCAACUCGGCCACCGCGUCGACGCAGUUCUGCAGCUGCAUAGACGGGUUCAGCCCCGCAUCUCCGUCACAGUGGUACAUGAGGGAGACCUCCGAUGGUUGCCGUCGGCGCACGCCGCUGGACUGCAGCAACGGGACGACGACGGAUGGGUUCAUGGUGUUGGGAGGAGUGAAACUCCCUGACACGGACAACGCGACGGUGGACAUGAGCGCGACGCUGGAGCAGUGCAGGGCGAGGUGCCUUGCCAACUGCUCCUGCGUGGCCUACGCCGCCGCCGACAUCCGAGGAGGCGGUGAUGGCAGUGGCUGCGUCAUGUGGACGGAUGGCGUCGUGGACGUUCGUUACGUGGACAAAGGGCAGGAUCUCUAUGUGAGGCUGGCAAAAUCUGAAUUUGCUGCAGGGAAGAGGAGGGAUGUGGCAAGAAUCGUGCUUCCAGUAACGGUAUCUCUGCUUGCACUCACGUCUGCGGCCAUGUACCUUGUUUGGAUAUGCAGGGUUAGAGGUAGAGCCACUCGAUUGGCAUUCCUUCAAGCGGCCGAACGUCCAAACAGUGAUGAAGCGAUGAUAGGUUCCUUAAGCGCGCCAAAUGACCUUGGUGAUGAUGAUUUUGAUCUUCCAUUUGUUAGCUUUGGAGAUAUUGUUUCUGCAACUAACAAUUUUUCUGAGCACAAUAAGCUCGGACAAGGAGGGUUCGGGAAGGUUUAUAAGGGCAUGCUGGACGAUAACAAAGAAGUUGCAAUUAAGAGGCUUGGUAAGGGUUCUAGACAAGGAGCAGAGGAAUUCAGAAAUGAAGUGCUUCUAAUAGCCAAAUUGCAGCACAGAAACCUGGUAAGACUUCUUGGUUACUGCAUCCAUGGAGACGAGAAGCUGCUGGUUUACGAGUAUUUACCAAACAAAAGCUUGGAUUCCUUCAUUUUUGAUGCUGCCGGUAAACAUGUUGUUGAUUGGCCAACAAGGUUCAAGAUAAUCAAAGGAGUAUCUAGAGGAAUUCUUUAUCUCCAUCAGGAUUCGAGGUUGACUGUAAUUCACAGAGAUCUAAAGUCAAGCAACAUACUGUUAGAUACAGAUAUGAGUCCUAAGAUAUCGGAUUUUGGUAUGGCACGAAUCUUCAGUGGAAAUGGACAAGAAGAAAAUACUAAUCGAGUUGUUGGGACGUAUGGUUACAUGUCUCCUGAAUAUGCCAUGGAUGGCAUCUUUUCUAUCAAGUCUGAUACAUAUAGCUUUGGUGUCAUACUCUUGGAGAUUAUAAGUGGUUUGAGCAUCACUGCAACUCGAUUCACCGGCUUUCCUAACUUAUUAGCUUACGCAUGGAGCUUAUGGCAAGAUGAUAAGGCAAUUGAUAUGGUGGAUUCAGCCCUUUCAGGGACUUGUUCGCCAAAUGAAGUUUUACGGUGCAUCCAAAUAGGACUCUUGUGUGUGCAAGACAAUCCAUACAAUAGACCUCUUAUGUCAUCGGUUGUGUUCAUGUUGGAAAAUGAAACCACACCACUCUCGGUCCCAAUACAACCCAUGUAUUUCUCACAAAGGUAUUUAGAUGACCACGGAAUAGGAGAAAAUAGUAUCAGCUCUUCUGUGAAUGACAUGAGUGUCACGGUGUUGGAGGGACGGUAGAUGGUUAAUUUGUUACACAUGAAUGCUAG